AUGAGGUUCACCUGUGUCCUGCUCCUCUUGGCCAGCGUGGCGUGUUUCCUGGUGAACCAGUCCAGUGCGGCCAGUUCCACAACCACGACGGAGACAACCUCCACCACCACUACCACCACAGCCGCGUCUACGUCCACCACCACUGCGUCAACCACGACCACGACCACAGCCUCCUCCGCAGCUUCCGCAACUUCGUCCAAAAAGAAGUACGUGACCCACUAUAAGCGGAAGAUCCACCGCCCCAAGGUGAAGAAGACCAGGAAGGUCCGUCGCAAUAAGUGCAAGAAGAGCCGCAAACGUCGAGGCGGCUAA